AUGCAGUCAGUCUCAACAACCACAUUGCUGCACAGUGAGACCAAUCUGAUCUCUGGUGAGGUCGAAAUUGAGCAUGGUCGAUUCUCUACGACUUGGGAUGGCGAUAUCGAACAAGAUAUAGUGGAAGAUGCGCUUGAUCAGCAUCCACUUGGAGUCCGACCGAGUGGCAAUGCUCUCACUUCCGUGGAAAAUGCCCAAAAGUGCAUGGGGUUGUUCGAGACCCUACCAGAUUCCCUAACGCUGCUGAUGUUAGAGUUUCUGGAUCAGGACAGUCUUGUCAAUCUGGGUGGGACGUGCAAAUCCUUAUAUGCGUAUUGCACCUAUGACCAAUUGUGGCGGGACAUUGCCGUCAACGAUAUGACUCCCGAUUUCUCCUGGAGCGGAAGUUGGCGGGCCUCACGGAGGAAAUUGCCUUCUGCCGACCUUGCCAAAGUGGAUUGCAGGCAUGUUUUCUCAGAUGCCUUACAUCGACCCUUUCUAUGUUCCCAAAUUCCCUUAUCUCCGUAUGGCUCUCAGAUUCCCCAGCGAAAUCAGAUAGUACGAAUAGCGGAACUGUCCACAGAAGAAUUCAAUGCCGGAUGGUCAGACAAGCCGUUUGUUCUCACCGGUCCUGUGAAACGAUGGCCCGUCUACAAUGACUGGUGCCAAGAGCAUUUACUGUCUCGAUAUGGAGACUCGACAUUCCGUGCCGAAGGAGUCGACUGGCCUCUUUCAAAAUAUCUCGAGUACAUGAACUCAACCAAAGAUGAAAGUCCACUCUACCUUUUUGACCAAUCUUUCGUGGAAACGAUGGGUCUCACGGUUGGAAAAUCCUCGUACCAGCCACCAUCCUGCUUUGAAGAGGACCUGUUUACCUUGCUGGGUGAACAAAGACCUGACCAUCGGUGGCUCAUUGUAGGACCCGAACGAAGCGGAAGCACCUUUCACAAGGAUCCCAAUGCCACAAGUGCAUGGAACGCGGUUAUUCGUGGAUCUAAAUAUUGGAUCAUGUUCCCGAGUUCUAUCCUGCCACCUGGUGUCUACAUGAGCGAUGAUCAAGGUGAGGUCACCUCUCCUCUCAGUAUCGCAGAGUGGCUGUUGUCUUUUCAUGCCGAGGCAAGAGAAACUCUGGGGUGUAUAGAAGGGGUGUGCUAUGAGGGUGAAGUUCUCCAUGUUCCAUCUGGGUGGUGGCACCUGGUUGUGAAUCUCGAACCAGCCAUCGCAAUAACCCAAAACUUUGUCCCUCGAUCCCAUGUCGGUGCGGCAUACAGGUUCUUGAAGUACAAGUCGAACCAGGUCUCCGGGUUCAAGGACAAUAUCCUUGAUCCGUGCUCGCUUUUCAUGGAACGUUUGAGAGAUGCCGAUCCUGGACUGGCCGCCACACUAGUUGCCGCUGGUGAGAAGAAGAGAAAGUGGGAAAAUGUGGUGGAAGCAGACGACGAUGGCGGCCAAAGAGGAGGCUUCAGCUUCGGCUUUGGUGAUGACAUCGAGGAUGAGGAAUAG